UCUGUUUUGAUAAGUUUCUUAAAUUUUGUCAAUUUUUUGGUCCCAUACAUGGUUCUGGUUUGGAAUUUGCCAAUUCUGGAAUCCAUGAAAUUUGCCACCAUUUUCGGCUUGUGGACGCGGUGUUGGACCAUGCUCUGAAUUGCAACAUUGUUACAUGAAUCCAUAUACACCCAAAUUUCAUUUCUUUUUCCUGUUUUAUUUUUAUUUCCUACCAUUGCCUUCUUCUGCAUGCCUCUUUUCUCCAGGUAAUCAAUUUUCUUCUUCUGUUUGAAGAGACUGGGACCUGAGAACUUGUUGAAGAAACAUGUUGAACAUGGCUUCAUGCAUGUUUUCCUUAGGGCUAAAAGAUUAUGACAUGAGAUAACUGAAAGGAUCUUAAGGUUGGAAUGGAUUCUCAUGGCACUUCCCAUGGCCAUCAACACAGGGAGCAUGAAGGCCACCGUGAGGCGGUUUUCUUACAUGGUGACUUGGAUCUGUUGAUAAUUGAAGCCAAGUCUCUUCCAAAUUUAGAUUUAUCUUCUGAAGCAGUUAGAAAAUGUGUGACUUUGGGCAACGUGUGCCAGCCUCCAUUUAUGAAAGGACUAAAGUCACACGGUGGAAAAGAUAAGAUGAUAACAAGUGACCCUUAUGUUUCAGUAUGCAUAGCUGGGGCAACCGUUGCUCGAACUAGAGUGAUUCCUAACUGUGAGAACCCUUGCUGGGAUGAGCAAUUUAUUGUGCCUGUUGCUCAUCCUGCUCAUAAAGUGGAGUUUCUUGUGAAGGAUAAUGAUAUUCUGGGGGCUGAACUCAUUGGAGUGGUGGAGAUACCUGUUUACAAGAUAAUUUCUGGUAAUGCUAUCAAUGAUUGGUUUCCCAUCAUUGGUCAGUAUGGAAGCUGCUUAAAACCUUAUCCUGAACUGCAUCUUUCUGUUCAAUAUAAGCCAAUUGCAGUGAACCGUACACAAAAAGUAAUGAAUGAGGAUGGGACAGCAUAUUUAGGUGUUUCUAAAACCUAUUUCCCUCUCAGGAAAGGAGGGAGUGUGACUCUGUAUCAAGAUGCACAUAUACCAGAUGGUAUGAUACCUGAAAUCCCACUUGAGGGUGGAAAAGUGUUUCGGCAAAAUAAAUGUUGGGAAGACAUAUGUCAUGCAAUUUUGGAAGCUCAUCACAUGAUAUACAUUAUAGGAUGGUCAGUUUACCACCCAGUUAGGCUUAUCAGAGAGGCAACAAAGCCAGUACCUUCAGGGGGAGAGCUUUCACUUGGAGAGCUAUUGAAGUACAAGUCACAAGAAGGACUCCGAGUGGUUGUGCUGAUUUGGGACGACAGAACUUCACAUGACAAGUUUCUUCUGAAAACAGAUGGUGUCAUGCAGACUCAUGAUGAGGAAACUAAGAAGUUUUUCAAACAUUCCACUGUUCAUUGUGUGCUAUCUCCACGUUAUGCAAGCAAUAAGCUCAGUAUUUUCAAGCAACAGGCGUGGAGUUGUUGCAUUGAAUCUAGUAGUGUUGUGGGAACCCUCUUCACACAUCACCAGAAAUGUGUGCUUGUAGACAGUCUUGGUUCCGGGAAUAAUCGGAAAAUAACUGCUUUUAUUGGUGGUUUGGAUCUAUGUGAUGGUAGAUAUGAUACCCCUGAGCAUCGGCUUUUUCGUGAUAUAGAUACGGUUUUUCAUAAUGAUUUUCACAACCCUUCUUUUCAACAACUAAGUUCGCAUUCGUGUGCUCCAAGGCAACCAUGGCAUGACUUACAUUGUAAAAUUGAAGGUCCAGCAGCAUAUGAUAUAUUAACUAAUUUUGAACAAAGAUGGAGGAAGGCCAAAAAAUGGCGUGACUUCAGGCUCAAAAAGGUGACAAACUGGCAUGAUGAUGCUUUGCUUCGGCUGGAUCGAAUUUCAUGGAUUGUCAAACCUGCUCCUAGCCCCAAUGGUGAAAAAGCUGUAUAUGUAACCGAUGAAAAUGAUCCUGAAAGUUGGAACGUGCAGGUGUUUAGGUCCAUAGAUUCUGGAUCUGUAAAGGGCUUUCCAAAGGAUGUUUUCAAAGCUAAGGCUCAGAAUCUUUUCUGUGGAAAAAAUUUGAAAGUUGAUCAAAGCAUCCAUACUGCUUAUGUAAGAGCAAUAAGAUCUGCCGAGCACUUUAUAUAUAUUGAGAAUCAGUAUUUUCUGGGCUCCUCAUUUCACUGGCCUUCAUAUAAAAAUAAAGCUGGUGCAAACCACUUGGUUCCCAUGGAGUUGGCUUUGAAAAUUGCUGGUAAGAUCAGUGUAAAUGAACGUUUUUCUGUAUAUAUAGUUAUACCAAUGUGGCCAGAGGGUGUUCCAACAAGUGCUGCUGUUCAAGAAAUCUUGUUCUGGCAGGGACAGACAAUGUCUAUGAUGUACAAGAUUAUUGCUGAUGCCCUUGCAAAAGCAGGUCUCUCUGAUAAGUAUCAUCCACAAGAUUAUCUCAAUUUUUACUGCCUUGGAAAGAGAGAACCCCCAAGCUCAAAUGUUUCUCCAACGUCAAGUCCAUCUGAUAACCGCGCUUUGGUAGCAGUUAAAAAAUUCAGACGUUUUAUGAUUUAUGUUCAUGCCAAAGGAAUGAUAGUUGAUGACGAUUACGUGAUUAUUGGAUCGGCAAAUAUUAACCAGAGAUCAUUAGAUGGUUCUAGGGACACAGAAAUAGCUAUGGGAGCUUAUCAACCAAAAUAUACAUGGACAGAAAGUAGACCCCAUCCACGUGGCCAGGUGUAUGGAUACAGAAUGUCACUGUGGGCUGAGCACCUUGGUAGCCUUGACCAUGUUUUUGGUGAACCUCAGACCCUGGAAUGUGUUAGACAAGUGAACAAAAUUGCAAAACAAAACUGGGGCAUAUAUGUGUCCGAAGAAGGGAGAUACAUGAGGGGACAUUUGAUGCAGUAUCCCGUUAAGAUCAGCAGGGAUGGAAAAGUGAGUGCAUUAGAUGAUUAUGAGUCUUUUCCUGAUGUUGGUGGCAAAGUUCUUGGAUCACCAAACUCACUUCCGGAUCAACUAACCACCUGAUUUAACAAAGCAAGUCUUGGAAAAAUUAACCAACAGAUAUACUGCUGCUUAGAAUUGCAGCUCAAGGAAAUGGUAAUGACAGUAAAGCCAAAUCAUACACUUCAAAUUAUCUUUACAAGCACAAUAUGUAACAUCUUGGAAUGGUCCCAUUGCAACUAAAUUGAUAGCCUUUGUAUGUAAAUUUGAGUAUUUGAUAGUGACUGCAUAAUGACUCUUUUGUAGGAUUGUGAAAUACACUACAUUAGUGAUUCACAUAACAUUUUCACUUCUUAGGGGAUCCUCCUUCAUUUCCUAUAGGGACUGAGUAAUAGUUUUCUUCUUUUUCCAUUCAUAGAUUUUGACAGAAACAAUAUCACAACCUUACCAAAAAGUUUCAUGUUUGUUAAGUUGAGAUGAUUGCUAAUCUGGUAAAUGUCAUUUCUUUCCUUGUAGAGCCCUUGAAAUAUCAUUCUUUUGUAUAUUCUUCAUCAGAAAAACGAAGUAAACA